AUGGAAGGUCCCGAGGAACAGACGCACAUUCCUAGCGACCAUAGGAAGCGUCCGGAUGUAUUGGACAUCGUGCUCACUAGGAACGUCAACUAUCCAGUAGUGGUAGAAGUGCUGUAUGACGUGAAUACACAGCACCUCCCGAUUCUGAUAACUCUUGGCACUAAGGCAGUGACUUCACCGCCCAGAGCCGUCAAGACCAAGAUCGACUGGAGGCUCUACCACCAACACCUGCAGGAGAGACCUCCAGUCCAUACGCCGAUCAACUCAGCGGACGACGUAGAGGCCGCUGCAACUAGAAUAUCCACGUGCAUCCAGGAGGCCCUCAACGCGGCCUCUACGAUCGUCCCUCUCACGGGGAGAAAAGAGGAGCUGCCGUUAAGACUACGCGUGCAGCUCAACCAUAAAAGAGCGCUGAGAAAGCUCUGGGCGCGUACUCGCUGCCCUAGAGUAAAAAGGAGACUCAACACCCUGUCAGACGAACUUUCGGUUGCAAUACAGGCCCACAGAGGAGAGGCCUGGGAGCGGCGCAUAUGGAAGGCUGAUGAACAGCACGCGUCGCUCUACAAUUGA